UCUUCGAAAAGACGUCAUUUGCGUCCAGUAUAUAGAUACAUUUAAACAAAAACAUCUGGAUAGCUUGCGUGUGAUUAUUCUGACUUCGAACAAGGAAGAAGAAAAGGAAACUAUAUCUUUGUAUCAUGCUGGGCUAUGAUGCAGAUGUCCGUGGUUUUAAAGGGGAGUUCUUGAACGUUGUUGAGUUUUCAAGGCUCUCGACACCACCCGACGUGGUUAUAUCUGAAAUGGACAUUGAAUUCGUAGGCCCCGCCUCUUAAAUGACGUAACUGUGACCAUAGUAUACGAAAACUGACUCUAGGUUUCGCACUUUUUAUUUUCACUAAACAGUUUUGGGGGGGGGGGGAUUUGAAGUUAUUCUCUAAGAAAUGCAAGCACUAAAAACUAACUACAACCUCAAUUUGUAUUUUGUUGAAUAAUCUUAUCUUUUUUUCGCCGUCUGACAUCUUUUUUAACUACUUACCCUCCCGUGCAGUAAUUUGUCUUUCGUGAUAUUAUAUUCAAUCACUUUUUUAAAAUAGUGUCUAUUGCCUAAUUACCUUGUGUGUGAAUAUGAAUUAUAUUAUGUAUGUCCCAUGUCAUAAAAGGUUUUCUGUUCACAACAGCCACUUGCGUGUCUUUCUUGUGUUCCUGUUAAUUCCCUUUCAACACAUUCAGUUUGAAGUUCAUCACGUUUGAGCUUAAUAUCUUUGUUGGUAGGCCUACUUACUGUUUAUUGGCCCUGUAUUUGUUCUGUUAACGUAUCUUUGUACUGUAUUUGGGUUGGGGGCAAAUGACUGAAUGUUUUAUGAGGUAUUUGUUGCUUUUGUUGUAUUAACUUUCAAUAAAUAAUUACGUGCAUUUUCUAACACAAGUUAAUCUUGAAUGGAGGGGAGUUAUCAUCUUUAUCUUUGCCUUUCUCACACUGGAUCAGGGUACAGAUUAUGAACAAACACUUUCCACAGUUCCCAGUCCUUGGCUAGCUUCUUGACACUACUCAAUGGAGAGGAGUUAUAUUAGUGGUUAUUGUUUGAGAUUGGGGGGGGGGGUAGUUUUAAUGACCGUUCAGUUUAAUAACUGAAUGUCCUAAGAUGAUCUAUUUGACCCAAUUGUGAAGCAUAAAAUCCGCUUUUGUUCUUUUGGUGUUUUUUAUUCCUUUUUUUUUGGGGGGGGGGGUGGGUAUGUUAUGUUCUUGUACUUAGUGUUAGUAGAGGUUUUACGGCGCUCGUAACUGCAUAAGGUCUUUUGAGCGCUAGGAUGUUCUUGUUCUAUUUGGAGAUUGUAAUUUUUAUCGAAGAGAGGGGAGGGGAGGGAAGGGAUGCAUAGCCUGUCUGUACCGACAACAAACAACUUUCGUUUCAUUCUCUUCUGACACUCGAUGUGCUCAAAAGCAUAGCUAUACAUUGUACGUAGGUAAUGAACGGAAGUGACACAUUCUUGGAGUUCGGAGCCUCGUUUUCUCAGUGACUGGGUUACGUCCACAGCCACCAUGACUCGUUUUUUGGCAGCAAGCUUUGGCCCUCUAUUAAGCGUUGUAUCUGCAGCUGAAAAGGCGAAACCCAACGGUUGGGGGUCAAGGAUCGCGUGGAUGAACCUUGAUGAAGGCAUGGCUAAGGCUCAGGCGGAGAAGAAACCUUUGAUGUUAGUUAUCCACAAAAAGAAGUGCGCUGCGUGCUUCUAUCUCAGAAAGACGGUCUCCAGCAGCUCGGAGAUUCAGGCUUUGAGCAAGAGCUUCGUCAUGGUCAAUUUGGACUGGUUUGAAACACUUAGAGAAAAACAAUAUCAGCCUGAUGGCGAGUACCUACCCAGGAUCCUGUUUUUCGGACCGGAUGGUCAAGUGAUGUACGACAUUACGAACAGCCCUCAGGGACGACAUAAAUACAAUUACUCCAAAGAAGGGGACAUUGUAAAAAACAUGAAGAAGGUGUACGCUAUCGUGACAAGGGAAAACAAUUCAUGAGGUUUUAGAAAAAUAAAUUUAAGGUUAUCAUAAUUAUAGCUCUUCAAAUAAGAGAUCUGAAAA